UUCCCUACCCCUCCCUUCCCUCCGCCUAUAAAUUCCAGUCUUGAGCAUUUCCCAUCUCUGGAGCGUGUCUUUGGCGAAAUCAAUCUUCUGUUAGCCCAUUUUCCAUCUCAAAAUGUCAAGCUGUGGCUGUGGUUCUUCCUGCCAGUGCGGAAGCAGCUGUGGAGGAGGGUGCGGAAUGUACCCUGACGUGGAGAAGAGCACCGCCACUGCAAUCACCAUCGGCGGCGUUGCACCGCCGGUGAAGACGUACUCCGAGGGGUCGGAGAAGAGCACCGGAACAGAAGCUGGGCAUGGCUGCAAGUGUGGGUCGAACUGCACCUGCGACCCAUGUAACUGUUAACCAAAGUUGAAGUAGCCUGCAGUCAAUAUUAUAUAUAUAUGCACCCACAUACAUACGUAGGAAUAGUUUGUUAUGAAAAUAAGUUUGUAUUAAUUACUAUGAGUGCUCGUGUUGUUAUGUAAAGACAGCUGCUAGGAGAUCAGCUUGCUGAUCGACCCAAUAACUGGUUCUUCUGUGUGAAGUUUGAUUGUGUGUUUGGUUUGUGGGUUAUGGAGUUCGAUCUAUGUAUGUUCCGAAACGAAUUGAUAUUGUUGAUGUAUAUGAAUAUGUUUAUGUAA